GCCACCAUGGAGAACCCCGUGGAAAGCCUCCACAAAGAAGCCACUUGCUCCAUCUGCCUGGAGUAUUUCCAGGAUCCCGUGUCCAUCCCCUGCGGGCACAGCUUCUGCAGGAGCUGCAUCACCCUGUGCUGGAAAGAACGGAACACGAAUUUCUCUUGCCCUCAGUGCAGGGAAACUGCCCUGCAGAGGAAUUUCAGGCCCAACCGGGAGCUGGGCAAUGUGGUGGAAAUAACCAAGCGGCUCAAUCGGCAAGGCUUGAAAGGGGCCGGAGGGGAAAAGAUGUGCGAGAAGCAUCAGGAGGCUCUGAAGCUGUUCUGCAGCGAGGAAGAGGACCUGGUCUGUUAUAUCUGCCGGGAGUCCCGGGCACACAGAAGCCACGCUGUGUUUCCUAUUGAGGAAGCGGCUCAGGAUUAUAAGAAAGAAAUCCAGAGCAAACUCCAGAGUGUGAAGGAAGAGAGAGAAAAACUUCUGGGAUUAAAACUGACUGGAGAUCUUAGACAUCAGGAAUAUCUGAGGCAAGCAGAAGCCGAGAGGCAGAAAAUCGUGUCUCAGUUCGAGCAACUGCACCACUUCCUGGAGGAACAGGAGCAACUCCUGCUGGCUCAGCUGAAGGAACUGGAGAGGGAGAUCACCAAGCAUCAGAAGGAACAUGGCGCAGCAUUUUCAGAGGAAAUUGGCUCUCUUGGGGCCCUCAUCAGUGAAGUAGAAGAGAAGUGUGAACAGCCAGAUAGUGAAUUCCUGCAGGAUAUCAAAAACACCUUGUGCAGGUUUGAUAAGAAGCCAUUUCAGCCACCUGAGGAAAUGCCGGUCAAGGUGGAAAAGAGAUUAGGCAAAUUCUCUGAGAGGAACGUUGCUCUUGCAGAAAUCCUGAACAACCUCAAAGAUACUCUGCCAUCAGAAAUGGGAACAGAAUGGGUCAACAUAACCCUGGAUCCAGAUACAGCAAACCCCCAAGUUAUAAUUUCUAAGGACCGGAAAAGCGCCAGAUGGGACGUCACCAGGACUGAUGUCACACCUAACACAAAACGAUUUAAAUCCUCUUGCUGUGUGCUGGCUUCAGAAGGAUUCACUUCCGGGCGACAUUACUGGGAAGUCAAUGUAGAGGAUGGAGGCAUCUGGGCUGUAGGAGUAGCCAGAGGGUCUGUGGGGAGAAAGCUUGAGCUCAAGCUGACCCCAGAGGAAGGGAUCUGGGCCUUGCAGGGAGAUUUUGGUCAAUACCAGGCUCUCACUGCCCCCGUGACGCCACUGUCUCUCAGCUGCACUCCCAGGAAGAUCCGGGUGUCUGUGGACUACGAGAGAGGGCAGGUCGCCUUUCUAAACGCUGACACGAAGGAUUCGGUCUUCACUUUCCCAUCGGUUUCAUUUGCUGGAGAGAUGAUCUUCCCCUUUUUUAAAGUGCUGCUUUCCCAGCUGACACUCGAUGGCUGA